GGAGAGCAAAUGUCAAUAAAGUUGAUCCAGCCAAUUGUUGGAGAUGUCUGAGUUGAGCCUGAGAGCCCGGGGUCUGUGAGUGUCACGUUUCUCAGAGCCCUCCUGAGAUUUGAGAGAACCCAUCAACACCUCAAAACGCUGUUUCGGCAGUUUGUGGAGUCGACUUCAAGGAAUUCUGUUCAGCUGAGGUCCCCCAGUUUUUACUCUCAGGGUGCUGAAGCAUCAGCCUAUUCUGCAUGUUUUGGCGACUGUCCAGCUGAAGUGAAUAAAUCACCCCGCGGAGGAGAGAUGGAGGCUGACAUCUUUGACUAUCAGAAGGAGGAAGAAACUGUGGAUGCUGAACCUUUUAUGGGAGAGAAGAGGAAACUCAUUCAGCCUACAUCUUUAAAGGACCCCAAACUUGAAAAGCUAAAGAAGGUACUGCUUGAUUGGAUCAAUAAGACUUUAAAACCAGAGCACAUAGUUGUGCAGAGUCUGGAGGAGGAUCUGUACGAUGGAUUGGUACUUCAUCACCUGCUGUCUAGGUUGGCCGGUGUGCACUUGGCCGUGGACGAGAUAGCGCUGACCGGCUCUGCUCAGAUCCACAAGCUGGACGUGAUCCUGGAGGAGCUGGACAAGAGGCUCGGUCUGCAGGACAGCAGUCUGAUCAAAUGGGACGUCAAACUCAUCCAUAACAAAGACCUUCUGGCCACUAUUCAUCUGCUGGUUGCCAUGGUGAAAUUUUUCCAGGUUGAUGUGGAAUUGCCAUCGAAUGUGAAGGUGGAAGUUAUAGUUUUGGAAGUCAACCAGAAUGGAAUCAAAUCAGAUAUGCAGACAGAAGUUCUGACAGAGGACAGCUGUGCAGCCUCAGACUCCUCCGGAAAUCCUGAAAAAGACCCCAUUGAGCAACUGCUGAAGCUCGAGACUCACAAGGUCGACACAGUGAAGAAGGCCAUCUUGCAUUUUGUCAACCAGAAUAUGGCAUCCAUCGGUCUGCAGGUGGCUGAUAUGGACCAACAGUUUGCUGAUGGAGUGAUUCUCCUGCUGCUGAUUGGUCAGUUGGAAGGCUUCUUCAUCCCACUCUCUGAAUUCAAUCUGACCCCCACCAGUAACUCUGAGAUGCUUCAAAAUGUGACUUUGGCAUUUAACCUUCUGAAUGACACAGACCUCCAGCUGCCCAGUAUUGACCCACAAGAUAUCGUCUCUCAGGACGUUGCUGCCACCUUGAAGGUCCUUUACGCCAUAUUCAAAAAGCACAAAGGGAAAUGAGAGAAGACACCAUGUGAAGAGGAAGUGAACAACAGGAAACACAAACAUGGAUGGGUGGAGUGAUUGCGGACCUAACCAAGGAAUGGUGUUUGCUGUUUUUCAUUAGAAUCUGAUUGUUUGGCUGUUAUUUCCAUAUGGAUUUAUAUAUUUCUUUUCUUUUCACAGUUUUAGUCAUUAUUCAUACUCAUUGAACCAAUUCUCAGUUGAAGAUGCCCUUGCCUUUGUGAGACUAAGGUCAAUCAUCCUCUAGGGUUGGGUAUACAAUGAAUGAUGCAUGGUUGUUGUAGACAAAGGUGAAUCUUUUGACGUAACUCCAAAUCAGCAGUUCAAUGUCGUACAGCGUGAAUGAUUCCAUCUCAAAGGUCGACCAAAGACUGCUUGAGAAAAUGUUUUCAGACAGUGUCAAAAAUGGUACUUCAUCUACUGAUAAGUCAAUUGAAUGCAACAUGAAAUGAUGCCACAUAACCUACAAAAUAUACAUAUAUUUGCACAUGUUAAAGUUACGAUUAAAGUAUGGUUUAUUAUAUUGAUUUGUAUAUUGUUGUUGAUUGUUUACCACCAGUGUCCGCUGAUUCUACAUCCAUUCUAGCCAAUGAUUCAGGAAAGUCUCAUCAUGACUCGCAUUUCCAUUGCAAAACUCUGAAUUUGAUAGUCUUUAUGAGCAUACCUCUCCUAGUUCCCUCUCAAUAUCCCCAAAACUCUCUGUGUCUCAUGCUGCAAAACAUCACUUCAGAACAAUGGGAAAAGAAGAUCUUGACUUUGAAGAAGAUGGACAAAAACGUCUUUAGUCUUUGACAAAUGAUUGUGAUUGCCACUUUCACUAUCGCAAAAAUAUUCAACAGAGGAUGAAGGCAGCAGAUGAUCAUUCAAUAAAACGCUUAGUGGCAAAGCUCUUAUGUAAUGCAGUUAUGCCUAAUGAUUUUAAAUAAUGUUAUAGCACAACCAUAUCUUAUUUAUGAGGCCAUAAACAGCUGCAAACUAGAUUCUGAUGGCUUCAGAUUGACCGUCUAUGUCACAUAGUGGGGAAGGUGGCUCAGUUGGUAGAACGUUCGCCCAUGAACCUGAAGGUCAGUGGUCCGAA